AUGUUGUCGUCUUUUGUUGUUCUGGCACUGGGAAGCAUUUGCCUCGCUACAGGACAGAAGGCGCAUGCAAAGGACCCUCAGAAGCCCCUCAAGAGUGCUCACGAGAGAGCAAGGAUACUCGCAGCAUGCCCGGCAUAUGAGCACUAUGCAAGAUUCCCACAUCCACCUUUCUCCGAUAGCCCCAUGUCGCUUCCCUUCCAGCGUCCAGCUGCCCUCUGUCGAACGUUCGAAUCAGACUUGGUCGAACACAUCAUUGAUGACAUGAACGAGAUGAUAAUAGACAAGGAUCUGGCUAGGAUAUUCGAGAACGCCUUCCCCAACACAUUGGAUACCACCGUCCGGUGGCACGUCGACGGCACCGACAAGUCAACCUACAAGAGCAGUGAUGGUGCCUGGGAAGGGCCUCAGAGUUUCAUCGUUACUGGAGACAUCAAUGCAGAGUGGCUGCGAGAUUCGACAAACCAACUGGCCCAGUAUCAAAAGCUGGCCAAGAAAGACAAGGCCAUAGAGAUGCUGAUACUGGGCGCAAUCAACACUCAAGCCGAGUAUGUCAUUGAAUCUCCAUACUGCAACGCUUUUCAACCGCCUCCACCGAGUCGCCUGGCCCCAUCGAAUAAUGGCCAGGAAGAUGUCGUCCAUCCGGCAUAUGAGCCUUCCAAUGUCUUUGAAUGCAAAUAUGAGCUGGAUUCGGUUGCGCAUUUCCUGUCUUUGUCCAACCAGUUCUACAAUCACACAGGAUCCACUGAUUUCUUGACCUCGAGAUGGUAUGCUGCUUUGGAAACUUUGCUUGGACUGCUCGACGAGCAGGCGAAGCCUACAUUUGACCCCCAGACUGGUGCUUUUCAGCAUAACGAAUACACCUUCCGACGGCGUACAGACGCAGGCACCGAGACCCUCAGCUUGUCUGGCAACGGUAAUCCUUUGAACAACGGGACUGGCCUCAUCAGAAGUGCAUUCCGGCCAAGCGACGAUGCUACUAUCCUCGGAUUCUUCAUACCAGCUAACGCAAUGAUGGCUGUCGAGCUGAAGCGAGCAUCGGCCAUGCUGUCUAAGGCUGGCAAAGUCAAACUUGCCGCUGAUUUGAGAACGCGCGGUGCACUGAUUGAGGAAGGUGUCUGGGAGCAUGGUGUCGUAUCGCACAAGAAGUACGGCUCGGUGUUUGCAUUUGAAGUCGAUGGCUAUGGUUCUUCCAUCAUAAUGGACGAUGCCAAUUUGCCCUCAUUGCUUGCCCUUCCACUACUAGGCUUUGUGUCAAGAGACGAUAAGACGUACCAGAACACCCGCCGAAUGAUACUAGAGAAGAACGGAAAUCCGUACUACCUCUCUGGUAGGGCGUUCAAGGGAAUUGGUGGUCCUCAUAUAGGACUUCAGAAUGCUUGGCCCAUGAGUCUGUUAGUACAAGCAAUGACUUCGGACGAUGACGAGGAGAUCCAAGACGCUCUUGCUGCCGUCAAACGUGUCAGUCACCUAGGCCUGAUACACGAAAGUGUACACGUUGAGCGCGGGAGAGAUUAUACUCGUGACUGGUUUGCAUGGGCAAACUCGGUCUUUGCGCAAACCAUUCUUGACGUGGCUGAAAGAAAGCCGCACAUUCUGUUUGGUUCGAAUGGGAAACCCUAUAUCGUCGAUUAG